AUGAGCACAGCCGCGGACGGUACCUCACAGAAGCUCCCGAGUAUACAGCUCACUCCUCUCGAAAAUACGCUGAAGGAUCUUCUGCUCGACGUCGCUCAAUAUAUUAGAAACCGUGGCACAGAGAACACACAUGGAGAUGGCACGGAGACCAUCCUUAGGUUCACGGGUGGUUGGGUGCGGGACAAGCUGCUGGGAGUGGGAAGCCAUGACAUUGACGUUGCGAUAAACAAUAUGACCGGUUACCAGUUUGGGACUAUCCUCAAGGAAUAUCUGGAUAUUCCGGAGAACAUGGAGAAGUAUAAAGGGGAGCAUGGAGAAAAGGCACUUAGCCUCCAUAAGAUAGAAGCGAACCCGGAAAAGUCCAAGCAUCUGGAAACAGUGACAACAAAGAUAUUCGGCUUCGAUGUGGAUUUGGUUAAUCUACGAAAGGAGGCUUACGAUGAGAAUAGCCGAACACCUCAAAUGGAAUUUGGGACCGCGGAGGAAGACGCCUUGCGCCGAGAUGCGACCAUAAAUGCUCUCUUCUACAACCUGAAUGAGUCCAAGGUUGAGGAUCUUACGAGAAGAGGUCUGGACGACAUGCGGGAUAAAAUUAUUCGGACGCCGAUGGAGCCAUACCAGACCUUCAAAGACGACCCUCUUCGAGUGCUGCGGCUUAUUCGCUUUGCUAGCCGGUUGGGAUUUCGCAUUGACGAAGACACCGAAAAUGCCAUGCAACAUAGCGAUAUUGGCUCGGCGCUCAAGCUCAAGAUCAGUAGGGAGCGCGUAGGUAUUGAGGUGCAAAAGAUGCUUCAAGGCCCUGAUCCACGUGGAGCGCUUCACGUCAUUGAUCGACUUCACUUGUACCCCAUCAUUUUCGCCAACUAUCAGGACGAUGCUGCGCCAGACUGUUCAACCUGGUCUCUUGGCUACGAUGCGCUUAACCGCCUCUUAUUCUCAGCGGAUGAGUCCGGAGCUGUUGGUCGGGUUCGCGCCUUGCUUGUUCGUGACUCGCUCGAAACAUAUUAUGCUUGGACAAUUGCUGCAUUCGCUCCUUGGUCAGCGAUUCCCCCACGUAUUCAAGGAACCAAGCCAACAGUUCCGCGCAUGGGGGAGGCUGCAAGGGACGGUUUGCGGGCGGAUAACAAAAUGAUCAACAUACUAAAGCAAGCAGCCGCCCACUGGCGAAUUGUUAUUGAUGUGAAGACAGCGCUUGUCGAAAACCAGAUGCAAGGAACGCCCGCGGAGAUCCGGCAGCAGGUUGGGUUACACAUCCGAUCAUGGACCGCGGACUGGAAGUUCUGUGUGCUCUUGUCCCUCCUCCAAGAAAUAAUGCAGGGAGGGGACUUUGUUCAAGGUGAGACCCUACCUCUCGUGCUUCCAACUGCAAGAAUUGUCACUUACACACCAGCUUCUGCGGUAGUGCUGCAUAGUUACGACCAGUUCCUUUCCUACAUUGUAGAGCAGGGCCUUGAAGGCGUCUGUGAUCUAAAGCACAUCGUAAAAGGAGAUGAAGUUAUGAAGGCAUUCGGUGGAAAGAAGGGGCCUUGGGUCUCGAAGGCUCUGAGGCUCGUGAUUGAGUGGCAGUUGCUGAACCCGGACAGCCAGGACAAGCAAGAACUGCUGAAGUUUCUCGAAUCUAAGCGAGAAGAGAUAGGCGUAUGA